GGGUGAUACGGGUAUUAGGACACACCCUGUAUAUUACAGACAACAUUCGCUAUGCCAUCGAGUUGCUCUGCGUAUAAAUGUUGCAACACAAGCAAUGAAGGAUACGCAUUGUUUACAUAUCCACGUGAUAACACGUUAAAAAAACAAUGGAUUGCUGCGGUUGGAAGAGGCAAGAACUGGUCACCUAGCAGUUCUCAAAAACUCUGUGAGGUAAUGUGCAGUAUGCUCUAACUUUGUACUUCAAAAGAUGUAACAAUAUAAUUUAUUGUUCGACUUAAAGUAUGUUUAGAUUUGUCUCUUUUUAAGUACACUUUAUACCACUUGAAAUUGAGUUUGUUGCUGGGCGCAAACGAGUAAAACUGGAUUCAAUUCCUUCUCGUUUUUGUACGUGCCAUUUGUUGUUGAAAGAGCAGCCAUCAACAGAUUUAAAAGUUAAUAAUACGUCCAGUAAAAGACGUGUUUUAAAAUGAAACGGAGAACAUCAGUCCAACAUCAGCAUGGCUGUGUACAGACUUCCAAACCAUUAACCAUAGAGGAAAUACAAACUACUGCGAAGUCUCAAGAAAUGGAUACAGAACAAAUAGAUGAAAUGCAGCCAGCUGACGAAAAUGGAAAUUUACUUAGAAGCAUUAUAAAAGAAAAUGAACAGUUGCGGAAUGAAAUAAAAGAAAAUCUAGAACAAGUAGUAAAUAUAGAUAGGAAGACUGAAAAGAUUGAUACACAUGUGUAUAGAGAGGUAUGCAAAGAAAAUGAUGAACUAAAACAACAGGUCAAAGUAUUAGGUGAACGUGUACAACUUGCCCAAAAAGUGUUGGCUGAGGAUCAGUGGAAAGCUUUAAAUACUGAUUGUGAGCAUAGUAAAGGUUUAAGAUGGUCACAAGAAACAGUUUUAAAAGCACUGAGCUUGCGUUUUACUUGUGGUACUACAGGUUACAAUCAUAUAAGGGAUGUUGUUGCUCCUUUUCCUUCAGUCAGAACUUUACAGCGAAGAAUAGAGAACAUUUCUUUUGAACCAGGAAUUUUAUCAGAUAUUUUCCUCCUACUUAAGGAAAUGGUAGAACAUUUAGAUAAAAUUCAUAAGUUCUGCUGUUUGGUUUUUGAUGAAAUGAGCAUCCAAGAGAAAAUAGAUUUUGAUCCAAACAGCAAUGCUUACAUUACGAUAUACCACUCUACCCGGUGUAUCUCGGACAAUAGCAUCUAA